AUGCAAAUGUCACAGUGGCAUCAAAGCAUUCAAAAAUAAGGGUGAUACUUUGAAUUAUAAUGAUACUAGUUGAAAAUGGUAUUCUGGAAGAAAAAAGAUAAUGCAACUGCAGCGAAUGCUGCUCAAUCAAUUUCUCAAAGAGAAUCUGCUGACGGUCGUUCUCAUGUAACUAUACUGGAUCCUCGAGAAUCCCCUGCUACAGGUUCCCGAAUGGGAGAUCUUAUCACAUUGAACGAAUUAUACCAUAGGAAGUACCUAAAGCGUCGCUUCUUUUAUAACUUGUCGGGUUCUUCUCAGGAUUUUGGCGACUUUUGGAGUAGCAGAGCAGAGUUUGUAUUUGCAACAUUACUUUAUUGUCUCAAUAUAGGAAAUUUAUGGAGAUUUCCAACGCAAGCCAUGAGAUAUGGAGAAGGUGCUUUCUUUUACGUCUACAUAAUUUUAAGUGUAAUUUUUGGCAUUCCACUACUGUUUUUCGAAGUCGCAAUCGGACAAUAUACAAAUAAAGGGUUGAUGAAAGUUUUUCACAUCAUUCCCGUAGCUGAAGGUAUAAGCUGCUCGAUGGUUUUCUACAGUAAUACUGUUAUUCAUGUUUUUGAUAUGAUCAACAUAUUCAAUUUUAUAUAUUUCUUCUCCUUCGUCCGUACAAGAGCUCCACUGUCCACCAGGGACCAUUAUGGUGAGAUGUGUUUUUACGAGAAUCGGACCAACAGUUUAGAGAAUUUGCAUUUCUUAAACGAAGUUGUUAUGGUCAGCGAUGAUCUGAACUGCUCGUUCAACGCCAGGAAUCUGUGCAUAAUUUUCGUCUUCUGGUUGAUGAUCUGGGUGUACACGGCCAACGAAUACACUGUGAAGAAACACUUCACGAUGACAGUUUACGUAGGUACGAUUAUUGUACUGACCGUCACCUUGAUAGCAGCUACAACAGUACCAGGAGCACCAGAUGGAAUAAUACGCCUUCUAUCCCCGCCUUGGUCGAAUUUCAAUUCCUAUAAACUGUAUCUUCACGCGUUCCAGCAGGUUCUCAUUACGUUAGGGUUGGGUAUGGGGCCCCUGAUAAAUUUUGGUUCUUAUACCACUUUCAGAACCCCAAUAAAUAUCGAUGCCGUCACUGUUACCUUGUGUACCUUGGUAGCUACUUGCAUUAUGACGUGGAUAGUUUUUGCUGCAGUUGGUGUUUACGGCCAUGAACUAGGAUACUCUCCUGCUGUUUUGGAGGGACAAGAAUACUACGUUCAUACACUCCUAUCCAAACUUUUCAUAAGACUGCCAACGGGAUACAAGAAUUUGAACAUAUUUCUAUUUUAUGGAGCAUUUUUCUCUGCAGGAUUUUACGUUUCAGUGAAAUACUCAGAAUUGUUGGUGCAGCUUUUAUACUCGAAAUGGGAUAUUAACCCCAAGUAUAACACCAGGAUUAUAUUUGCUCUCUGCAUUGGGCAAUUCUUCAUAGCCAUUGGCAUGUUCAGUGAGCAUGGUAUCAGACUGCUAUACUGGGGAGCAACGAAUAUAUUCACGGUUUUUUCCGUUUUAACGUUGGUAAUAUUGGAAACUAUGGCUGUGGUUUUUAUAUAUAGAAUGCGCAACUUUUGCGAAGAUGUGGAGUUCAUGAUUGGUUGCAAACCCAACUGGUGGUAUAGAAUAAUUUGGUACAUCACUCCUUUCAUUUAUUUGAUCGUUUUGGCUGUAACCUGUUUUGAAUACUGUCAAAUUGGUGUUGAUGGUUAUGAUAUUUUUGCUUUCGUUGUGUAUUUGGUUGUUGUGUGGAUACCGGUGAUAUCUCAUGCAAUAUACGCAUGUGUUUCUGAACAUAGGAAAGGGCAAAUCUCCAGAAUUUUUUAUCCUCGAGAGGUACAGACUGCUUUUCAAGAUUACAUGAAUUGGAGGGAAACAGCAUCUCUGAAUUCAAGGGAUAUGUGAGGAUAUAAAUGACGAACUGUUUGUUGUUGAUAUUGAAAGAUAAGAGUAUUGAA